AUUCACGGAAGAAACGUGUUUCAAUCAGUUCACCUCCUUCAAUCACCAUGAUCGCACGUUUGGCAGCAGUUCUCCUACUUUUGGUGUCUACCUCCGAAGGGGCCAGGAUACUUGGCGUGCUACCCAUGGUAGCAACAUCUCACUUCAACAUCGGCGCUGGGAUCAUGAAAACUUUGGCCAACGCUGGGCACGAUGUCACCGUCGUCAGUCCGUAUACGCUGAAAAACCCACCGAAGAACUACCGGGAAAUAUUAUUGACCGGAUUGGUGGAAGAAGCUCAGAAAAGCUUCGAUACGAACCUGUUCAAUUAUAAAAGCUCAGGCGGGAUCAUUGCACCACUGUUCAUGUUAUACGUGAUGUACGACGCAAUCGGUAUGUCGGUUUGCAAGAAUUUGCUCGAACAUCCCAAUGUGGUUAAGUUGCUCAACUCGGAUGAGAAGUUUGAUGUUGUUUUUGUUGAAUCGUUCAUCACUGAAUCACUGUACGGGUUUGCUCAGCAUUUCGAUGCCCCAUUGAUAACUUACUCUACGUUCGGUAGCUGCAUGUGGACCAACGAUCUGGUGGGAGCUCCAGCACCACCUUCACACGUUACCCACUUCAUGUUAGGCUACUCGGAUAAUAUGACUUUCUGGCAGCGAUUCCACAAUACGGCAAUGACAAUCAUCGACAGAUUGUACUACGAGUUGCGUUUUCUGCCCACUCAAAAGCGGCUGUACAAUGCAAGAUUUCCGAAUGCAAGGUUAACCUUCGAGCAACAGAUCCAGAACGUUUCCUUGGUGUUCUUGAAUCAACAUUUCAGUUUGAGCAGCCCAAGACCUUAUCCACCAAAUGUGAUUGAAGCAGGAGGAAUCCAGGUUGAGGAGGCAAAACCUUUACCAGAGGACCUACAAAGGUAUCUGGACGAGGCUAAAGAAGGUGUGAUCUACUUCUGCAUGGGAUCAAAUCUUAAAUCAAUUCACUUCCCGGAAGAGAAGCGGAAUGCCUUUCUGAAAGUUUUCUCCAAACUCAAACAGCGUGUGUUAUGGAAGUUCGAAGAUGAAACCAUGACGAAUAAGUCGUCCAAUUUGAAGGUCAAAGCAUGGAUGCCACAAAAUGACAUUCUUGCACACCCCAAUGUGAAACUGUUUAUUACUCAUGGCGGUCUUCUUGGUACGACGGAGGCACUUUACCAUGGAAAGCCUAUGGUAGGAAUUCCGAUCUUCGGUGAUCAACCGAUGAACGUUGAUAAAGCCGUUCGUUCUGGAUAUGCUGUCAUGCUUGAUUACAAUUAUAUUACUGAGGAAAGCGUAGAAAAGGCAAUCAAAACGGUGUUGAACGAUCCCUCGUACACAAAGAAUGCCAAGUUGGUGUCCGAACGAUUCCGCGAUAAGCCGUUGACUCCGAAAGAGACGGCCGUGUUUUGGACCGAAUAUGUGGUACGACAUCGUGGAGCUCCGCAUCUCCGAUCGGCGGCAACCGAUCUCUCGCUGCUCCAGUACCAGCUACUGGAUGUAUACGCUAUGAUGCUUGCUAUUUUAUUGGCAGUUGUUGCUGUCAACAUUUAUGUAGUGAAAAGGUUCUUGCAAAAGAUAUUUAAACACAAGACUCCGGUGGAUAAGAGAAAGAAACGAUCGUAGAGUUACUUUGUAAAAAUCACAGUAUUUAAUUAUUUUUUUCUAGGACUGACAAGAAUAGGAGGAUAAGAAUAAUUACAUAGUUUAGUCAUAUUUUUUGUGAUAGGAGGCAUCUAAAG